CUCCAAGUCCUAUGGGCACCCAGAGACUCUGAGAAGGUACUGCAGACUCUUCACAGUGGCCAAGAUGAAUCUUUGCACCUCGCUUCUGCUGUUGUGCCUGGCCAGGGUCAGCCUGCAGGGAGGAGCAUAUAAACCACAAUCAAAUGGCCGGGCAGGACCUUACUUCCAAUCCCUGAUGAGGGGAGGAGGAGUUGGACUGGGACUGGGACCAGCUGGAGCCAAGGCCGGGAAAUAUCCAGGCUAUGGAGCCCAAGGAUUGCCAGCAGGGCUGGGUGCUCAGAAUGGAUUUGGGGCUGCUGGACCAGGCUUUGGGAACAAACCAGGAAAGCCAGGAUACAGAGUCCCAAAUGGAUACGGAGCAGGUUAUAGAGGACUUGGUUACCCUCGUGUUGGCCUCCCCUUGGGAACAGGCCUUGGAGCCAGAGGCAAGCCUUCCAAAUCAGGUACAGGUUAUGGGGCAGGGCCCAGUGCUGGUGGCUACCCAACAGGAGCACAGCAAGCCUAUAUCGGUGGAAUUGGAGCCGGAGGCUACCCAAGCAAUGGAAUCCAUAAUGGAUAUGGCAAUGGCUAUGGAGCUGGAGGAAAUGGAUAUCCUGGUGUUGGAUAUGGGAAUGGUAAUGGUGCCCGAGCUCCCUAUGGCAGUCAAUUAGGAGGCCCUGCUGGAGAUCCUGCUGCUGCUAAAUAUGGAGGGACAGGGCAACUCCCAUACAGUGGGCAGCCAGAGGCUGCUGGCCUGGGAGGAGACUAUGGUGCUGGAAGAUAUGGAGCUCCUCAGAGCCCCUAUGGAGCACAACCUGGUGGCUCUGAUGGUAUUGGUGUAGACCCAGCUGCAGCCAAAUACGGCAAUGGGAACGGAAUAGGAUAUAUGAAUGGAGGAGACCCCCAAGCUAAUGGGCUGGGGGCAGCAGGUGCAUAUGGUCCCUUUUCAGCAGGACAAACUCCAGGAGGGUAUGGCAGUCCACUGGGUCCUGGACAAGCACAGGGAGCAUACGGAGGAAAAGAAUCUAAGUAUGGAAUGAAUGGAUUUCUGGGAAAUGGGUACAGAGGUCGCUGCUCUUCUGGAAAAUGCUGAGGAAUGAUGUUACUAUAUGGAACUUUCUCUGCAGCAGGAUUCAGGCAUCCCGGCAACUUUUGGUGCUAAGUGUGAUGACUAAUGACAACCAAGUUUUCCAGUAUAAAUGAUCCUAUAUUUCUUUUUCCUGUUUUUAUUUUAUUAUUAGAAACCUUUCAUUGUAAAAGAAAAGAUUUUACCAUGUUGGCUUCUAAAGCAUUACUGAACACAUUUUCUAAGGGCUGUUAGCAUGUCAAUGAUCAGUGUUACAGAGAUGGACACAUGAAGUUGGAAACCCAUUUCCUUCCAAAGAGAUUUGACUUAUCAAUUCCACUUCUUUGGAGGUAGCCUAGAGUUGAUUCCCAUCUUAGUGUGUAUCUGGGUGCCCAGGCACAAGUGUCUUUUCAAUUAAAAAUAAGUAAAUCCACAA